UGUCCCUCAGACACAGCGGAUCACGGAAAGAGCCGAAGAUGGGAUAUGUACACUGAUCAUCAGGGCACUGAUGAUCAGUGUGCCCUGAUGAUCAGUGUGCCCCAGAAGUGCCACCUGUCAGUGUCCAUCAGUGCCAGCAGUCAGUGCUCAUCAGUGCCACGUGCCAGUGCCCAUCAGUGCCACAUCAAUGCCACAUAUCAGUGCAUACCAGUGCACAUCAAUGCCACAUAUCAGUGCCCAUCUGAGCUGCCUUUCAAUGUCACCCAUCAGUGCCAGUCAGUGCCACCUAUCAAUGCCAAUCAGUGCCACCUAUCAGUGCCGCCAAUCAGU